CCUGCCGCCCCCCGCCGGCGGCGCGCGGCGGCCGGGACCAUGUGGGUGAACCCCGAAGAGGUGCUGCUGGCCAACGCGCUGUGGAUCACCGAGAGGGCCAACCCCUACUUCAUCCUGCAGCGCAGGAAGGGGCACGCGGGCGACGGCGGCGGCGGAGGGCUGGCCGGGCUCCUGGUGGGGACCCUUGACGUCGUGUUGGACUCCAGCGCCCGGGUGGCCCCUUACCGGAUCCUGUACCAGACCCCGGACUCCUUGGUCUACUGGACCAUCGCCUGCGGUGGUUCCAGAAAAGAAAUCACCGAACACUGGGAAUGGCUUGAGCAGAAUCUACUGCAGACGCUCUCUAUCUUUGAAAAUGAAAACGAUAUCACCACAUUUGUGAGAGGAAAAAUACAGGGCAUCAUAGCAGAAUACAACAAAAUCAAUGACGUGAAGGAAGACGAUGACACAGAGAAGUUUAAAGAAGCGAUUGUGAAAUUCCACAGGCUGUUUGGGAUGCCCGAGGAAGAGAAACUCGUCAACUACUAUUCCUGCAGCUACUGGAAGGGGAAGGUCCCCCGCCAGGGUUGGAUGUACCUCAGUAUUAACCACCUUUGCUUUUACUCCUUUCUCAUGGGGAGGGAAGCCAAGCUGGUGAUCCGGUGGGUGGACAUCACGCAGCUGGAGAAGAACGCCACGCUGCUUCUGCCCGACGUGAUCAAAGUGAGCACAAGGUCCAGCGAACAUUUCUUCUCCGUGUUUCUCAACAUCAACGAGACCUUCAAGCUGAUGGAACAGCUGGCCAACAUUGCCAUGAGGCAGCUACUGGACAACGAGGGCUUCGAGCAGGACCGGUCGCUGCCCAAGCUGAAGCGGAAAUCGCCUAAGAAGGUGUCUGCUCUGAAACGGGACCUCGAUGCCCGGGCAAAGAGUGAGAGGUACCGCGCUCUCUUCCGGCUGCCCAAGGAUGAAAAGCUGGACGGCCACACAGACUGCACCCUCUGGACCCCGUUUAACAAAAUGCACAUUUUGGGACAGAUGUUUGUCUCCACCAAUUACAUCUGCUUUACCAGCAAGGAGGAAAACUUGUGCAGCCUCAUCAUCCCACUCCGUGAGGUGACGAUUGUAGAAAAGGCCGACAGCUCCAGCGUGCUGCCCAGCCCCCUGUCCAUCAGCACCAGGAACAAGAUGACCUUCCUAUUUGCCAACCUGAAAGACAGAGACUUUCUGGUGCAGAGGAUCUCAGAUUUCCUGCAGCAGACAACCUCCAGGAUAUACUCGGACAGAGAGCUGGCGGGAAGCUACAAUAGCUCAGACGACGAGGUGUACUCUCGGCCCAGCAGCCUGGUGUCCUCCAGCCCCCAGAGAAGCACGGGCUCUGAGGCCGACGGAGAGCGCCCCUUCAACCUGAACGGCGACAGCAUCCCCACGGCCACGCAGACGCUGAUGACCAUGUACCGGCGGCGGUCCCCCGAGGAGUUCAACCCGAAACUGGCCAAAGAGUUUUUGAAAGAGCAAGCCUGGAAGAUACACUUCGCCGAGUACGGGCAAGGGGUCUGCAUGUACCGCACGGAGAAAACUCGGGACCUGGUGCUGAAGGGUAUCCCCGAGAGUAUGCGGGGGGAGCUCUGGCUGCUGCUCUCAGGUGCCAUCAAUGAGAAGGCCACGCACCCUGGGUACUAUGAGGACCUUGUGGAGAAGUCCAUGGGGAAGUACAAUCUCGCCACUGAGGAGAUUGAGCGGGAUCUGCACCGUUCCCUCCCAGAACACCCAGCCUUCCAGAAUGAGAUGGGCAUCGCGGCUCUGCGGAGAGUCCUAACCGCUUAUGCUUUUCGAAACCCCAACAUAGGGUAUUGCCAGGCCAUGAAUAUUGUCACAUCAGUGCUGCUGCUUUAUGCCAAAGAAGAGGAGGCUUUCUGGCUGCUGGUGGCGCUGUGUGAACGCAUGCUUCCCGACUACUACAACACCAGGGUCGUGGGUGCGCUGGUGGACCAGGGCGUCUUCGAGGAGCUGGCGCGAGACUACGUCCCGCAGCUGUACGACUGCAUGCAGGACCUGGGCGUGAUCUCCACCAUCUCCCUGUCCUGGUUCCUCACCCUGUUCCUCAGCGUGAUGCCCUUCGAGAGCGCAGUCGUGGUCGUCGACUGUUUCUUCUAUGAAGGAAUCAAAGUGAUCUUCCAGCUGGCUCUGGCCGUGCUGGAUGCCAACGUGGACAAGCUGCUGAACUGCAAGGAUGAUGGAGAGGCCAUGACCGUCCUGGGAAGGUACCUGGACAGUGUGACCAACAAAGACAGCACGCUGCCGCCCAUCCCCCACCUGCACUCCCUGCUCAGCGACGACGUGGAGCCCUACCCCGAGGUGGACAUCUUCAGGCUCAUCAGAACCUCCUACGAGAAGUUUGGAACUAUCCGGGCAGAUCUGAUCGAGCAGAUGCGGUUCAAGCAGAGGCUGAAGGUGAUCCAGAGCCUGGAGGACACCACGAAGCGCAACGUGGUACGAACCAUUGUGACAGAAACUUCCUUUUCCAUCGAUGAGUUAGAAGAACUCUAUGCUCUUUUUAAGGCAGAGCAUCUGACCAGCUGCUACUGGGGCGGGAGCAGCAACGCGCUGGACCGGCACGACCCCAGCCUGCCCUACCUGGAGCAGUACCGCAUCGACUUUGACCAGUUCAAGGGCAUGUUCGCUUUGCUCUUCCCCUGGGCGUGCGGCGCCCACUCGGACGUGCUGGCAUCCCGCCUGUUCCAGCUCUUGGAUGAAAAUGGAGACUCUCUGAUUAACUUCCGAGAGUUUGUCUCAGGGCUAAGUGCUGCCUGCCAUGGGGACCUCACAGAGAAACUCAAACUCCUGUACAAAAUGCACGUCUUGCCUGAGCCAUCCUCUGACCAAGAUGAGCCAGAUUCUGCCUUUGAAGCAACUCAGUACUUCUUUGAAGACAUUACCCCAGAAUGCACACAUGUGGUUGGACUGGACAGCAGGAGCAAGCACGGGGCAGAUGAUGGCUUUGUCACUGUCAGCCUGAAGCCAGACAGAGGGAAGAGGACAAAUUCUCAAGAGAAUCGCAAUUAUCUGAGGCUCUGGACCCCAGAAAAUAAAUCUAAAUCAAAGAAUGCAAAGGAUUUACCCAAAUUGAAUCAGGGGCAGUUUAUCGAACUGUGCAAGACCAUGUAUAACAUGUUCAGCGAGGACCCCAACGAGCAGGAGCUGUACCACGCCACAGCCGCGGUGACCAGCCUCCUGCUGGAGAUCGGGGAGGUGGGCAAGCUCUUCGCUCCGCAGCUGGCCAAGGAGAGCGGCGGGCCGACCUGCCACCAGGCCCUCCCGGGAGUCUUCUUCCCCAAGAAGGGCCCGGGCCAGCCCUACACGGUGGAGCCCGUGGAGCCCCUGGCGGCCACUCUGGCAGGCGAGGGUGAGGAGCCAUCCCUCGGGGGACAGAUGGAGGACAUUAAGCUCGAGGACUCCUCGCCCCGAGACAACGGGGCCUGCUCCUCCAUGCUGAUUUCCGACGACGACACCAAGGACGACAGCUCCAUGUCCUCCUACUCGGUGCUGAGCGCCGGCUCCCACGAGGAGGACAAGCUGCAGUGCGAGGACAUCGGAGAGGACACGGUCCUGGUGCGCAGCGGCCAGGGCACCGCGGCGCUGCCCCGCAGCACCAGCCUGGACCGGGACUGGGCCAUCACCUUCGAGCAGUUCCUGGCCUCCCUCCUGACCGAGCCCGCCCUGGUCAAGUACUUCGACAAGCCGGUGUGCAUGAUGGCCCGCAUCACCAGCGCGAAAAACAUCCGGAUGAUGGGCAAGCCCCUGACCUCCGCCAGUGACUACGAGAUCUCUGCCCUGUCGGGCUGAGCUAGCGCCUUCGGGGAGCGGGGAGGUGGGGGGGCCUUUUUUAUGUUGUUGGGGGGGGGUCUUUCUUUUAAAUUAAAUAUUUAUUAGUAUCCGGCUUGAAGCCCAGUGUUUUCAUAAUAUAAUACAAUGAAAACUGUUGGAGAAACAUUUAAACACCUCCGUCUAGGUACAGUUCACUUGUUGGGGAGAGGGUCCUCCAGAAUACAGUUUAUUCCGUGACUCCAGAAACAGAUGACUCCGUCCGUGAUAUGUGUGUAUCAUAACUCCUAAAGCUUGCUGUUGAGCUUAUACAUGGUUUAAAAAAUAGUGCUACCGCUCUGGAGGGCCGCGGCCUGGUGGGUUGGGGCUUUUUCAAUACAAUUAGAGCUGUAGGGAGAUGGGAUGCCACAAGCCCGGGAAUGUUCCUAAAUGGGAACGGCCUCCUCGCUGGGGUAAAUCCUGCACCACUUUAAGGAGCAUGAAAAUAUUUUUUUUUAAGAUUUGAAAAAUAUUUCAUAAAUUCCUCUAUUCAGAAAUCACUGAACAAAUAAUCCCCUUCAAGGGGAGAUGUCAGAGUCCUAAACAAUUAUGAGAAUGGGGUGAUUUUUAUGUGAUGCCAGAACCACACUUCUCCUGACCAAUUCGGACAAAGGCCAGACCCAUUUUGCAUUAAAAACUGUUCUGAUGAUUUAUAUCAGCUGCCAGAAUUCAGUGGAAACUCUGUUUUAUCACAAUCUCAACGUGGUGACAAAGGUGAUAAGGAGGCUCGGGAUUUUUUUUUUUUUUUUGAAAGAGUAAAAGUACUGAUGCUUCUGAUAAGGAUUUUCAGCUUCUUGUUACUGCAAAUAAAGCAAAAAAUAAAAAAAUAAACUUUACCAUUUCCAUACUUUCUGUAGAGUCACGAAAUCAUACCAUGUAUCACACAUCUGAACAUCUUUCCCGCUAAAUCAAUGUAGAGAUUGUGUAAACUGGGAAAAAAAAAAGCCUGCAAGAUAACUGGGUGUUUUAAGCAGAACCUGUCACUUUAUAUGAAAGAGUAGUCUGUUCUCUCUGCUUCCCGAAUGGAUGUGGAACGGAAACUAGCGCACCUGCACUUUGAAUUCUUGCUUUUUUAAAAAUUACUAUUUUCAUUUUGUCUUUUACAGAUGUUGGAGGGUUUUUUUGUCCUUUUCUUGAAUUUGUAAUCAUGGUCACAUUUUCUUUGCUUUUUCAGAAUAUUCCUUUUAAGACAUCCCUUUACUUUCUUAUCCAUGUGUCCUUAUUUUAGCAGUUGCUGCCUUUUUUUUUUUUAAUUUUGUUUACAGAAUGAUUUUUAAGCUGUCAAAUGAAGUAGUGUUAACCUCAAAUAGGAUAAAUGUGAACCAAUAAAAUACAUCAGAU